UCAUCUGAGUAUUCCUCUGGAUUUUUUUCUAAAACACAUGGCGGAGGCACAAUACAGGAGAUGAAAUGUGGAAUGGAGGAAGCACACAGUUUACUGUAAAAACAAAACAAACAAAAAUACACUUUAGCUGAGGCUUUGCAGCAAAAAUGGAGACAACAGGUGGAAACUCGCUGCUGCAAAUGUGCAUCGCGAAAGUCGCUCAAAACAUGGAUGUGCUGGAGAGAAAGGUCUUAAAUCUGCCAGUUUCUCUCCUGAGAGAUUUACUGCCACAUCUGAACAUUUACUAUCUGGACAGGAUUGAAACUGCAGCUGCCACCAAAGGAAUCUCCACGUCUGUAAUUUGGGAAAAGAUAUGGAAAGGUCUGGAUCAGACGUGGCGCUGGAAAGUGAAGUCAUCACAGUCUGAUCAGUCCUGGAAGCAGCGCUGUUUAGAAAGGCUCUUUCACAUGCUGAUGUUCACUCAGCUCAAACGGGAAGCAUCGUAUCUUUCCAACCUCAGCGAUUCCUCCGUUCUCUCCAUCACAGUAAAGCACGUCAAAGUUCUGUCUCUCCACACGUCCACCAAAAACAUCUGCAGACUCGCAUCCGGAGACAUGCAGCCCUUUUUAAGCGCAUUAGAGAAAGGAGUGACGACUCUCAAAUUACUGGAAUCCAAUUCUCCAUUUAAACACGGACGCAAAUACUUGUUCAUUCUCCACCGGCUGCUGGAUCACGGCUCCGUCAGAAAAGUGGUUCUGAUGAGAAAUCCUGAAGAUUCGUGUUUUUUGAGGUGGCUCAUUUCCAGACGCAGAGGGCCGCAGAUAUCGGUGUCUACUGAGGGAUGUGGUUCAGCUGUUGAUGUGUUUAGAAGUGGUGCAGACCUGGAGGAACCUGCUGCUAAACGUUUGGCUUUAGAUGAGGAAAAGCCAGAGGAUUUGUGCGGUGAGUUUUCAUCCUCCAGCAGCUCCUCUGAACGCUGUCCUGAAGGUCAGAUCCACUCGCUGGAUUUUGAGGUGCCUAAUUGUGAAAUCCUGAACAUGGUGUCACACGCCCUGCCCACGUGGACCUGUCUUCACACACUUCAUGUCCACAGUGACUGGCUCAUCAGUGAGGACGAGAUGUGUGUGUUUGUGGACUCUCUCAGACGGCUGUUUCUGAACCCCGCCGGCUCUCUCUCAGAGCUCAGUUUAAGUCACCUUUGUGGUCUCACACACUUGAUCAACAUACUGAAAGCCUGUCCGACCCUACAGAGCCUUUCUGUGGACGUCUGUCUGCCCGCUGAAAGGAACAAAUGGAGACCACUUCCACAGUUACCUCGAGACAAAAUGCUCAGUCUGGAAAAGCUGACGGUUAAUUCCACUGAUCCAAUGAGUGUCCAGUGCGUCCUGCCGGCACUGGCUUUGGCUCCAGAACUCAGCAGUCUUCAUAUGACAGGAAUCACUCUGACAAGACACUUCUUCCACACUUUAGCAGGCUGUAAAGCGUCCCUCAAGAUAUUAAAGUUGGAGGAUAUAAACUUAUCCGACUAUCACCAGGAGAUUCUUCAUUUUCUGCAAUCCUCUGUGUUGGAAGAGCUGUCCUUUAAAGACUGUAGACUGCUGGAUAAAUGCUCAUUAAAGACGGACUUCAUGGUGGCCUUUGUAGAAGCAGUUAAAGCUAUUUCAUCUCUCAAAACCCUGGUGCUGGCCAAGAAUCGACUGGCAACGACUGCCAUCGAAAUCUCCAGAUUAUUCUCAGGAUGCCGACCCAGCGAAAUCACCACAUUAGACCUCAGCUCAAACUUCAUUCUUCCGGCGGAGCUGCUAGGGUUUGCGGAGCUGCUGGAAACAUACAGACCUGCUCAACGAAUCACACUGGACCUGUGCUUUAAUCCACUCAACCGAGACCUGGAGGUCAAGGGUCAAGCUCUCCAGAAACUGAAGCCAUACUGUAAUCUAUUAAUGUAUGACUGGAACACACGAGACACCAUGGUGGAUCAUGUCAGUGUGAUGUGAAGAACUCUUUAGCUGGCAAAACACUUAUGAACCCACAGGUAAUAUGUAGCAUUAAAGGGACAGUUCACCUAAAAAUGAAUAUCUUCAUCAUAUUUGAAGGGACAGUUCACCCUAAAAUAAAAAUUCAUUGUUUGUCAUCAUUCACACCAUCAUAUAUCCUUCCUUCAAAUCUUAACACAAAACUAGAUAUGUUGGAAACCUGUAACCAUUGACUUCCUUAGUGUUUGUUUUUCCUACUGUCCAAUGUCAAUGGAUGUUACAGGUUUUCAGGUUCUUUAAGGUGUUUUUCUUUGUUUACCAGUAGAAACAUUUACAACGACUUGCGGGUAAGUUUUAAUUUUUGUGAUGAAUAUCUCUUUAACCCUCACUUGUUUCAAACCUUUUUUUUUUUUUUUUUUCUCUCAAAAGAAGAUAUUUUGAAGAAUGUUGUAAAAACAUUGUCUUCCACAGUAUUUAAAGGUACAGUUCAUCCUAAAAUAAAUCAUUAGUUCAU